AUGCUGUUUCUCGCAACGCUCCUGCUGGCAGCGCUUCUUGCUACCAGAAGCGUUGAGAGCAAGUCAGUCUUUGCCCAUUUUAUGGUCGGCAAUACUGAGACGUUUGAUAUUGCAAAAUGGGAAGACAACAUUGCCCUUGCACAACAGGCACAUAUCGAUGCUUUUGCUCUCAACAUUGCACAUGGCUGGAAGUACAACGACCAGCAAAUCUCCAACGCUUUUGCGGCAGCCGGCGCCAAGGGCUUCAAGCUUUUUUUUUCCUUUGACUAUGCCGGCGGGGAUGUUCCUUGGCCAAUGGCUGAAGUCAAGGCCCUCAUCCAAAAAUACGGCUCCUCUCAGGCUCACUUCCAGUACAACGGGAAGCCCUUUGUGUCAACCUUUGAGGGUCCUGACAACGCCGACGACUGGAAGAGCAUCAAGGCUGACACAGGCUGCUUUUUUAUACCGGAUUGGUCAUCUUUAGGCGCAGGCCCCGCCAUCAAUGCUGGAGACGGUGUGGCUGAUGGUCUUUUCAACUGGGCCGCGUGGCCCUAUGGGCAGCGCAACAUGACGACUUAUAUUGACGCCUCGUACAACCAGCUGCUAGGCGGUAAGCCGUAUAUGAUGCCUGUCUCCCCCUGGUUCUUUACCAACUUGCCAGGCUACAGUAAGAACUGGCUGUGGAAGAGCGGUGACCUUUGGUAUGAGCGCUGGAAGCAGGUGGUGUCUAUGGACUUUGAGCCUGAGUUCUUGGAGAUCAUUAGCUGGAACGACUACGGCGAGUCUCACUACAUUGGACCCCUUGACAACACCCAGUAUGAGGCUUUCCAAGUAGGAGACGCCCCGUACAACUACGUCAAGGACAUGCCCCACGAUGGCUGGCGAGAGCACCUGCCCUACCUGAUAGAUUUGUACAAGACCGGUACGGCUUCUUUUACAAAGGAGAGUAUGGUCACCUGGUUCCGGACCUCGCUCAGUGACACCUGUGCAGACGGAGGCACCACCGGAAAUACGGCUUCCCAGCUCCAGCUUGAGUACGAGGCGCGUGACCUGACGCCGGACCGCAUCUACUUUUCGGUCCUCCUGGCCAGUUCAGCUGAGCUCAAGGUCUCAUUCGGAGGCAGAGACUACUCUAUCAAGGACUGGGACUACAUCCCCGACGGCGGUGUAGGAGUCUACCACACCAGCAUCCCUGUCCUUGGAACCGGCGGUGCGUGGCACGCUCAAGUCGUCAGGGGCAGUAGCACCAUCAUCGACUAUCUAGUUCCACAGGGCAUCUCAGGAGACUGUCCUUCCGGCGUCACCAACUGGAACCCUUGGGUCGGUUCAGCCUCUAGUGGAGGGUCCGUAUCUGGGAAACCUCCUCGUGACUUGGCUGAUCAAGUCUGCAUCGCAGGCUGGGGCGAGGGCAAUUUCAACGACUUGUGCGAGUUCACGUGCAAGUAUGGCUACUGCCCCUCAAGUGCCUGUGUCUGCACCAACAUGGGAGAAGCCAUUAAGAAGCCGGAGUCCACAGGAGUGAAGGGCUACCCCGCUAAUGGCGACGCAAACUAUGGCGGUCUUUGCACAUUUGCCUGCAACCUGGGCUAUUGCCCGUCGACAGCCUGUGCCACGGAGGAACAACGCGAAUAUGUUCCAACCACAUCGCCCUUCAACCCAAACACGUGCGUCACUGGUGGUGGACAUGGCAGCUUCUCACGCAUUUGCAGCUGGGCGUGCCAUUAUGGCUUUUGUCCCAUCCUCUCCUGCUUUUGCUCUAUGGAGGGUCCCCUCAACUUGCCACCUCCUGUUGUCAAGGUCAGCGGUAUCAAAUCCAACCUGGGCAACGACAACGGCCUCUGCGCUUUUGCCUGCUCGCAUGGUUACUGUCCCUCUCCGGAAUGCAGCUCAGAUGACGGCGAUACUUCUGACGGUAGUGGCGGCAGCAGCAGUGCUAUGGACAUCAUCGUAGGAUACUUCCAGGCAGACAGUAUCUCGCGACGGGGCUGCGGACAGCGACCAGCGAACUUCGUGCCGACGGACUCGGUUAGCCACAUUAAUGUUGCAUUUGGUUGGAUCGAGGCUGGCACGUUCGCCCUGAUUCCGGACGCCAACGGCGAUGAAGAUCAGCUGAGGCAACUUGCAGCGCUCAAGGGGCAGGCAACAGGGCUGCACGUUUGGCUAACGCUAGGAGGCUACGACUUUUCGACCGGAUCACGGAAAGCGUCCGGCACACAGGGCAUCUUUAGCGAUAUAGCCAGUACGCAUGAGAACCGCCAGAAAUUCUUGGCUAAUCUGGUGUCUUUUCUCCAGAAAUUCGGGUUCGAUGGCGUCGAUAUCGAUUGGCGGUGGCCCCAGACAGGUGAAGAUGCGACCAACUACGUGAUCCUGCUGGAUGAGAUGCGGGAGUACUUUGACACGCAGUCCGCAGGCUCUACUGCAUGGGGAAUCUCAUCCACACUGCCGGUUGACACCACCAUCCUAGGACGCUUCGACCUAGCCUCCAUAGCCGCCUCAACCAACUGGAUCAACCUUGUUGCCUUUGACAUUGAGAGUACAGACAAGAGCACCACCCGAGCUAUGUCAGACAAGAGCUCCAUUGACGCAUCACUCGGCUUCUUAACAAAUGCUGGGGUACCACACACGCAGAUCAAUCUCGGUAUAGGUUUCUUUGGUCGUACUUAUGCUCUCUCCGAUAAGUCCUGCACCGGUCUUGGCUGCUCAGCUUCUGGCUUUGGCGUGGCUGGGAAGUGCAGUGGACAACCCGGGUUCAUGUCUUACGAUGAGAUCCAAUCCGAACUUGCCAUCGGCAGUGGCAGGUUUGACGACAAGACUGGCACUAACUACCUCAGCUACGGUGAUGCUCAGUGGAUCUCUUAUGAAGACCGCAACUCCAUCAUUGAAAAAGUCAAGUACGCAAAAAGCAAGGGCCUCCUAGGCGUCGCCGCGUGGGCCAUCGACCUGGAUGAUGAUAAUCACCAACUCCUGAACGCCACUCUCUACCCCGGAGGCCUCGGGAGCCUCUCGUUAACAACUGGCACAAACCACGACGACUCAUCUAAUUACACUAAUGUGGACAUCAGUAGCUGUUCCUGGAGUGACUGCACAACGUCAGGCAUCCUGCAUUGCCCGGUCGGCCAGCAGCGUCUCAUCAGCGACCGCUGCAGUGUGGAUCCUAGGUCAGGAGCAAAGCGUUACAAGGCUCUUUGCUGUCCUCUGGGACAAACACCCGACCCCAAGACCUGCGGGUGGAAUCGGCUGGAUGGCGGCGAUUGUUCGGGGUCGGGAUGUGAUAUCAACCAGGUCUCCAUUGCUUCGGACAAGUGGUUCAUCAAUAACAAAGGAGUGGAGAACUACUGUUUCUAUGGAUCAGCCACCUUUUGCUGCGACGCCGUAGAGACGGGCGUGAACGUAUGUGACUGGGACGAUAUAUGUGUCAACAUCGGUUCCAACGGCCUUCCCAUGGUCUGGCGUUGGGGCUUUGUUGACGGCGGCGAGUCCAAGUGCGCGUCGGCCAAAACCUGCCCUAUUGGCAAGACUGCCAUCGCCACGUCAAACCUGGGCGGCGGCGCAGACUGUACUUACAGCGAGCUGGGCGGCUCCACGUUUUUCAACCCUGCGCUCACCUACAACGUCCAACGCACGCUUUGCGCAGACCCCAACGCACUCAGGCGGCAUAUUGAUACGCUCCCCAUCCCUUUGGAGAAUAUCUUCCCCCAUCCCGGUCCGUCGACGGACAAGCAGAAAUGGGACGUCAAGCUGGACCCCACCAUGGGCGGAGCCGAUCCUACACCUGAAGAGAGCACCAACGCCGACAAGAACUCGUUUGGCUGGUACAUCAUGUCGGGCCCUGAGGCCGAGCUCACGUCUUUGAACAAGCGAGACGGGUCUCACUGGGAGCUUUUUGACUGUGAGGCGGGAGCGAUGCACGAGAAGCGGCACACGGUUCGAGCCGUGUGUACCGACAACUCGGACGCAAGCAAUUGCGGCAUCAUCCACAAAGGCCGAGGAGUGGCUGAGACGGUGGUGGAGAUGCCAGAAGGGUGCGGCCCCGGGAGGUACGCCAUGGCCGUCUCCUUGACGCCUUCUGACAACCAAACGUUGCCCCAUCGCCUGGUCAAGAGGAAUCCUCAACUGGCUGAUGCCUAUGUCUACGACUUUACAUUUGACUACGAUUUCUCUCCCCUACGAAAACGCGGCCGAGGAUCUAACGUGCUGCUGCGUAUCGACUACAGCGAUGACCCAGGGUACUGGAGCGAUAUCGUCGCGGCAGCGCCGACCAAGCUAAAGCGAUCGAAGCGUCAGAUCGAGGAAGAGGUCCACCGCGACCACAAUGGCUCGUACAAAAAGUACAUGUAUCACUUGUGGUCUAUCGACAAGCGGUCGACAUCCCAAGACGAACUGCAUGAGCUGCACGCCCGCUGGUUCUCAAAGUCUGGAGCAAUCAAGGACUGGAUAGACCGGUUUAGUAAAGUGGACGCAGAGUACGAGUUGGUCAGACACCGAGUCAAUGAGCAGAUCCGCUGGAACCUCUACGACGAGUCGAUAGCUUGCAAAAUAAAGGGUGUCGACACGGUGGGCUACUUCAAGGCAUGGGCCGACCUGAACGUAAACAUUGAGACGUCGGCUCUAGUGACCCUAAUUGGCAACAUGGGCGACUUGAGUACCUUUGACGAGUCACACGUACUGUUUCGUAACAGCGGCUCGGUCAAGGCCUCUCUCAACGUAGAGGCGUUGGUGACCCUCCAUUUCCUCACCGGCCAAAUCGAGCUCUUUGGUCUGCAGAACUUUGGGGCGACCUUCAGCGUCCCCGGCAUCGUGACGAUCGGUCCCAACUUCCGAGUCCUCGGCCAGCUCCAGGGCACCGCCACGAUGCACGGUCAGGCCCGCGUCGACCUCAGACUCGCCGAGUGGGACUUCACCCACCAGUUUCCCGAUGCAAACGGUGGGAUGACUGACGUCCUCACGACGGACAUCAGUCCAAAAUAUUCCGGAGCGACGUCUGCGGACCCUAUCAAGCCGUUGCAGGAGCCUGAGUUUUACUACGACGUUUCUGCAAGUGGCGAGCUCAACUUGAUGGUAACGCCCAAAGUUACACUUGGCAUUGUCUUCAACGAUGACUCCAUUCCUGAUGCCUCUAUCGACUUUGGUGUCAAUGGUGCUGCGACCUGGUACGGCUCAGCUGGCUCAAAUUCAGACACAGCUUGGGAAUACUGUUAUGGAGUCAACGCUCAAGCCGAGAUGUUUGCGGAAGUCUCUGCCCCGUCCUUGUUUGGAGUCAGCUUGAACAGAUACUACAGCAUCUGGAGCACCGGAACGUUCCCCAUCGUUGAGAAGAAAUGUGCUGCCGCGGCACCAUCGCUCACACAGACACAACCAAGCAAGCGGUCCGCCAAGCUGGUAAAGAGAGAUAACUUGAUUGGAUCUCUAAUUUGCCCUGCAGAGUCCACAGCAAACGCUUCGGAUGUCGGUACUUGCCCAGUAUGUGGGGUGAAUGCUGACAGUUCUGGUUCUCGGCGAGUCAAGAAGAGGUAUGGCUACAUCCUCGAGGAGAGGGCCGACGCAUGCCCGCUUCUGAGUAGUGAUAUCUGCUCAUAUGCCGACUCCUCGAGUGUCUCUGGGCGCUCAACACCAAACAACGACACCACCCCGUCCCUGGUCGAGAGGCAGGCCAACCUGAAAGAAAUGACAGUGACGUUCGGUGGUAAAUACCCUAAUAUCGAUCUCGAUGUCGGGCGGUAUGCGCCCUGUGGGAAAGCCAAGAAUAGCCCAUAUAUCCUGAAGAACAUCGUCACUAUUACUCCCGGACUGGUCUGCAGUCCGACCAUUGUCUUAAUGGAUGAUGCUACAGCUAAAGCUUUAUACUCAGAAAUUGGGUUUGAAACGGAACACAUCUACGAGCCGCAGACGUUGACUGCAUUUUACGAAUGGCUCGGCAAAGGGGCAGGUACCACGGUAGGCGCCUACUCAAUGGCCACACCAGAAUGGGUGGCUGAGGUGUUACUCGGCGAACUCAAACUGGGCGGCACCGGUCAGACCUUCCAAUUCGAUCAAAGUUUUCUCGGAAUCACUGUAAACCCUCAAGGCAAUACGGUGCACGAAACUCUGGCGUUGGGCUUCGGUCGGUCAGACACCAUCAGAGUAGGAAACAAGUUCUCUAAGGAGCGCAGCGAGUCCCAUCUCGCACUGGUACAGUGGGAGACGAAUAAUUAUAAAGGGGUAUGGAUGGGUGGCGGUACACCCAGAUACAACCCGACCAAGGUUAAACUCAAGAACGAUCGGCAAACGCUCCGCGACAUCAUGGCUACCUUCACGUUUCUGAAAUUCGUGCCGCCUAAUGCGCUGACGGGCCAGAAGUAUGCGAAGAACGAGGCCAUCUGGAACAAGUGGAUGCGCGUCUCCAACUGGUUCGACUUCGUGUUCUCUGAGUUUGAUCGGCAGUUCACCGCCAUCAACGGUUGGAACUUCUGGCCUGGCCACCCUGUGAACAAUGCAGGCGGAAACCCAUCGCUGCGCGCCUUGUACGCUGAAUUCAUUGAGGAUCAACUGGCUACUAUUGAGAGGAACGUGGCUACUUUCCUUGCGGAUGCCGAGAGGAAAUAUCUUAACGUGCAUGCACCCGUUAAUCCCCAGGGUGUGCGCGUCUGGGACGAUGACACCGACCCAGCCUGGUAUUACUCCGCUUUUGGGCCUGGCGGCUGGGCUACAGCUCCGGUGGCCACCUUUCCUAGGGUUGCGGCAAGCAACGGCUGGUCCGUUUAUGGCGCUACGGGCCAUCUGAGCAUGAUGGUAGAUGGAGCAGGGAACUUUGUGACCGGUCUUGCGGCUCCGGAUCGCAUAUGA